AUGGUGGGUACCGUUCAAUUUGGUGCCUUAGCUGCUCGUAUAGUUCUGUUUGUUCCAAUGGGUUUAGCUGGAUAUCAUCUCGGUCGCAAUAAAAUAAUGUUUUUCAGUGGAGCUCUGUUUAUCAGUCUCGCGGUAGGUGUUCAUCUAACUCCUUAUUUUCCUUCAGUUACUAAUUUUGCUUCAUCUUUUUCAUCAUCUAUUGUAUUAGAGAACCGUAGUUCAUGUAUUUCUUUCCUUCAUGAAAUUGUUUGGGAUGUACAACCAAUUAUCAAGGUUGAUAAAAAAACACAGUUAUUGAGUAAUGUUUCUUCUGGUUUUGAGAAGUCAUGGACUUGGGAAAAGUCUACACCUGUAUUUGCUUGUGGGUUUCAGAAAUUAGGUCCUUCUGAUGCUUCUGAUUUACUUAAUGGGUCUUGGGUAGUUGUUGCUGGCGAUUCGCAAGCUCGUUUAUUCGUUCUUUCUCUGAUGGGUUUGAUUUUGGAACCAAGUGAAAUGGAAUUAGUAAGGGGGGAUUUAUUCAUAGUGAUUAUCAAACUGUGA